GGCUUGGCUUGCGGUAACUGCACGGCGGUGACUAGACUGACAAUCAAAGUCUUGCCCCCGUUUCGUCUCCUCCCACCCCUCCGCUUCCCAUUUUGCUGGGGUUCUCCCUACCCAACUCUUCAAUCCUCUGCUUUUAUGUCCGGGAUGAAAAUUGUGUUCACAGGAAAUCCAAAUCUGAUGUUUGACUUCAAUUCCUUCCUGUCGAGAUGGAACCCUGUUACGUUUGAAGAAUCUCUCGACUUUGUGAAGAAAGUAAAGGCUCGUGACUACCAGUUAUACCUGUCAUUGUCUGACAUUCUCAGCCAGAAGGAGCAGACACCCCCAGAAAUUUACCAUAAUGAUCAUGAUGAUCUGUGCAAGGAGCUAAUGCGUUUCAAACCUCAUGUCCGAGAAAGAAGGAUUAACAAGCACAACUCAUUCGGAAUGUCGCUUUUGCUCAUGUCUGUAUUUCUUUUGAGUUUGUUCUUAAUGUUUGAGCAACCUCUGAGAUAUGUUGUUCAACAAGCUUUUGGAACCUAGCCUUUCUAACUGGUGCUUAUGGCGCAUGUACAGUCGACUUUCUCCUGGUAAUAAAAACUUUUUUUUUUUUU